ACCAGGACUCCUCUUUCGAKAAAAAAGAAAAUGGCGGACGAAAGGAAGAUUUGAAACUUCGACUUUUGAGUCAAAUUUCGCUUUGAAUAUGACAGAUAACUUCUCUCUUUCAUGUGAACUACAAAGUUUUAUUCGGGAUCAACAAAACMGGGUCUCCAAAGCGAGCAAUAUAGAUGACGUYCAAGAAUAUUUGAGCCAGCUACUCGAUGUUGCCACCGGCGGAGCUCUGCCCACGUUGGAAUUGUCAGCUAGCGAAAGAAAUCAUAUCASAGCUGAGUUCACGAAGAAACAUCUUGUUAGAUGCUCAGAUCUUUUACUUUGUGAACCAGCUGUUGGUUUUCUUUCUUCUCUAGACGAUUUACACAGAAGGAAACUUGAGAAAUACUUUUCUGAAGGUCCAAGUACUGAUUUAUUUCUUGUUCUUGUUGGCGCCCUUACCCAGACCUCAAAAAUAGRCAAUGUGAACGUUAUUGUCUCACUACUUGAAACAUUUAUCCGUUCCAAUCGAUUAAUGGAUUUAUUUGUUAACAAUUGUCUCAAAAGUGAUGUGAGUGGAAAUCRUCACCUUAAUUUCAAUGAAAAACAGAUUAUAACGAAUAUUAUUUCUCUGCCUGARCGUGUUGCCAAUCGACUUARAGUCCAUUCCAAAUCAGUGCUYUACCCUGAAGCUUAUUUCACAGAAGUUGCACAACAGCUGAAAGAAUCUCUUGAAGUUAUUCACUCUGUCUUGGCAACUGAAUCCAAYAAAGUGUCACUCUCUUUCCUAAGCAAUUUGAUUGGUCGUAUCUGUAUGACAGGGCACGGGAAAACACUGCUUACACAUCUUCUACCUCACUUUGAARACUGGCUGUCAGUUAGCCCACUUUGGUYGCACAUCUGUCACAAGCUAGUAAUAGGCAUUCCAGACAGUGAACUAGAACCUGUACUUGAAAAUUUCCUGAAGGAAGCUCACAGUCCUGAGAUCAUUUCAAAGAUUUUUUGCGAUGACAUCCUGACCAACACAAGRCUAAGRUUUUUGAUGACUACAAAAUUCCUCUUAUUGCGAUAUUACUCUGAUUUGAAAAUCUUGAGAAAUAUUGUUGSGUACCUUUCACAAGUGAAGUGCCSAGAGAUCUUAACUGAGGCAUUAGCAAAGUUAAUGGACAGCUGGGGSAGUAGUAGCGCCAUCCAACAUACACCGUAUAACCAGCAUGUCUACAUAAGCUGYGCUAUAGUUCAUAUCACAGGUUACCUUGGCGAUAAUGACAGACAGCAGCACAAACACGAGRUCUUGAAGAAACUCUUAGUUGGUGUCCARAAUCACUUGGAAAGUGCUGAUCACAAAGUUCGCAGGCUCGGGAUGAUUAUAGCAGAGUGUUUGACAUCUGCAUUUGAACCUAMAACUGAGAAGCUGMGAUUUGAAUACRACGAAGAUCAUGAAAGCAAACUGAUCAAAGAUUUACUCAGAGGACCUCAGUCUGAGCUGGUAGUAAAUUCUACUUCUGUUAAGCCUGCAUUGUCURAAGCUUCAAGAGCAAAAGARCAGAWUGUCAAAGAUACCAAAAUUUCAAAGGMCARURCAAUCCAAGAAGAUGAGGAUGAUGACUUAGARCCRUAYGAYUUAGAGGAGGAMGAUUUUGAAGGAGGCAGACCUCUUUAYCACUUACGAGAAUGCAUGGAAGCACUCCUAGAAUCAAAAGAUGUUGAAAAGUUUGAAUCAGCAUUGAAAUYUCUUGAGAAGAUYGUGUGCUCYUCUCCAAGCGACCUUAAUGAAGUCUGCUCUGAASUGAUGAAAWUGCUUCUCCACCUACAAGACCAGUUCUCGACGGACAACUUUGGAUCUCUYAGAUUUAAAARUAUGGUUGCUAUUGCAACACGUUGUCCAGUACAAGCUGCUGGAUACCUUACUGAAGAAUUYUAURGUGCUAAYUACAGURUYAUCCAACGUCUAGACAUUUUAGAUGUCAUUGCUGCCACUGCAAAACAGCUCUCUCAGCCUGUUGAAAUUGCACAAGAGAAAGCUACAUCUAAGAAGUUUGUCACCCAGCAAGCACAAACACAACAAAUUGAAGAAAUUCCUGAAUGGAGGAAGUUUGUAGAUGAGCGGAUUGAAAAGAAAACACGGAGAUUUGCCAAGGGUCCAUCAAAAGAACAACCAAAACCUGUUGCAAACAAAUUUUCAAAUGUUGCAGGACUCUUCUUUUUUCCUUUGAUGAAGAAUUUUGAUCAAAAACAGAACACCUUAGAUCUUCUUGGAGAAGAUCAUUACGUCCUUGGGAGACUCAUAUACACUUUAGGCAUUCUAAUGCACCAUGCUUCCGGGGCACCUGUGGCAUGCAACAUGGGCGUUGCCCUCAUUGAAUUUUCCUGGGCAUUGCGUUAUCACCAGGAAGCAAUAGUGCGUCAAAUGCUAUUGUUCUCUAUAGUCAUGGUGAUUACUAGCRUUCCGAUAAUGCUUCUUCUUGAUGCAUGCAAAGAAGGGAUUUUUGAGAUUCACAAUUGGCUAAAAGAUCUCAUGAACAAGGAUGAUAACAUGGAGGUCAAGAAGACGGCUGUUCAGGCACUUGUUGUACUGGAAGAUGCUCUUAGGAAAGAGAUGGUGCAUGGUGGAGAAACACAAGGGACUUAAACACAAGGGACAUAAAYAUAGGGGACUUAAAUGGCCAUGGUCCACAGCAAUCCCUUUUGAGGCUUAUAAUACUCCAGUUUYGAAUUCUAUUUUAUGCAAGCUAAGAUUCAAUGAAGCAUAAAUUUGUAUAUUGUYUUCUUUGCACACAGAGUGUUUGCAUUCCACAAUAAAUUCUCUGUGCUAAAUAAMAGAAUAUAUGUUACAUGCUUUCAAGGUUGCGGCUGCACAAAUAAGGUCUCGAAACUGGAGUUUUCUUUAGGUUUUAAAGUAGAAAUACAUUGUAAUGUAAGCAAAAACUUACUCUUUAGUCCAUUUAAACUAUAUGAUUGGAGAUAUUGUAAAAUUCAACCUUAUAACCRAUGGAUGGAAACGGAUUGUGAAUGAAUAUAUUUUAAGUCACCUAAUUUUCAAUAUAYGAAAAAUCUAAAACAUAACCACAUUGAAUACUAGUUGAUCAUGACCUUUUAGGGACAAAUAGUUCUUAUGGUUUGUAACCAUCCCCAAGAGAGCGAAAAUAGAUCAAAAUAUACCACCAGUUACCAUAGUGGUUUUCUUUUGUUCAAACCACAAACUUGACCACAAUUAAUUUGAUUAAUAGACUCAGCAGGAAUGAUUACAAACCAGAAAUUAAUGAGAUCUAGAGUUAGAGUACACAUUUUGAGCUUUGAUGUUAUCUAAAAGUUAGUAAAUAAUAAAGAUUUAGAGUGCUAAAAAAUGUUAAUAGCGAGUUUUUUGUUUGUAUUUCUUUUAAUACACUAUUAAAAGAAAUACACUUAAUACACUAUUUAAAAAUAGUGUUUGUAAUGUAGGAGUAUUAAAGGUAAAAUCAACCCUU